GUGGUGACCGCGCUGAUAACAAGAUGGCGGUGCUGCCAGGCCGGUUCAGUGCCCUGGCGUGGUGAGUCCCCCGCCAAAGGCCUUCGCUGUCCCUAGUGACCCCCAAGCAGCCCGGUGUCCUCUCUCCCCGAGAGUCCGUUCCUGGAGCUCACAGUAGGACUGAGAUCUGGGAUACAAAGCAGAAGACCUGGUCCCUGCCCUCGAUAGUCCAGCAGAGGAACAAGGGGUUUCUUUCGGUUUGCUUUCAGGGACCUCCUGACCGAUAGGAUCUAGAAUUAGCACCUAUGAGUUCCCCUCUGGCCUCACUUUCCAAGACUCGGAGGGUGCCUCUGCAGUCAGACGUCCAGAACUCAGGGAGGAGAGCAUUAUCUUCUCGGAUGAAAAUCUUUGGUGAAGAAGAGGAUGAUUUGUCAAGUGAUGGACUUAGUUCAGAAGAAAGGAGUCCGGGCCCUGGCAGCAACAAAGAAAAAUCCUUCCACGUGGGAAGAAGUGGGUCCCUGCCCCCCGAUAUGGGCUUGGUCUCCUCUUUGGUGAAGAGGUUAAAUGAACUGGAACAAAAGGUGAAGACGCAGGCUGAAGAAAUCAACCUCAAGGACCAGUGGAUCAAAACCCUCAAGUUGAAAAUCAAAAACCUGCAGCCAGGAGAAGAAGAUCAAAAAAAUUCAACUAAUACAGAAGAACUGGAAGCCAAGUGUCAGCACCUUCAGAAACAGGUCCAUGAGAUGGAGCGAUUUCUGAACGACUAUGGACUGGAGUGGGUGGGAGAACCAUCGGAAACUGAGAUGGAGAUGGAAACGGACUUAGAGGCUGAGAAGUGGACGCUCAAGAAAACCUGGAAGCCAGGAGAAUCCACAGUGCCCGCUCCCACAGUGGACUUUGAUGAGCUGCUGGAGAACCUACGAGAUCUCAGUCUGUUGGCUGGCGAAGGGCAGUCCUUGGUACACACCUCAUCCAGCAUGGCGGUGCUCAAGACCCCGGAGCCAGUCCCCCUGACAUUGUAUCAGAAUGGGAUCAUCAUGUUCAAUGGGCCCUUCCGCCCCUUCUCAGAUGUCUCCACACAGCAGUGCAUCCAGGAUAUCCUAGAUGGCUUCUUCCCUUCGGAGCUGAAGAAAAUCUACCCCAGUGGAGUCCCUUUCCAGGUGACAGACCUGCGCAGUGUGGUCUACCAGGAGAAGCAGCUCCCUAAGGUCUUCUCAGGCCCUGGAUAUGUGACAGGAACACCGAAUUCUAAGGAGACCAAGAAGCUGAAUGACCAGUCAGCUGCAGAGAACCCCCUUCCUUUUGUGGGGAACACCUUCCCCCAAACUUCCACAAUCACCAAAGAGCAGUUUCUGAAAAAGCUUCCUAAGUUUGUGAUCCGCCAUGGGGAAGUGAUUGAAGUUCGGGAACCUAUCCGGGAAACACUGGAGGGCUGCACAGGGCCCCAGGAGAUCUUGGUGGAGACUGAGAGCCCUGGGCCCCAGGGUGACGGGCCUGAGGCCCCCAGGCUGAGGCAGUCGUCCACGGAGAUUCCCACCACCACUCUCCGGAUCAAGUCCGAGAACGGGGAGCAAACGUUCGUGCUCCCCAUGUCGCCUCUGGACACCAUCGGGGACAUCAGGCGCUACCUUGCCCAGGCCAGGAACAUGGACCCAGCCACGUUUGAAAUCUUCACCGUCUUCCCACCCACCGUGUACACAGAUGAUUCAAAGACGCUGCAGGCCUGUGGGCUGGUGCCCAAUGCCAUCCUGCUGCUUCGGCCCCCCAGGACUCCACACCCAGUUCCCAGUCUCUAAUAAAAUCACAUUUCCCCUUCCACAUUGGGGACUCUGACA